AUGCCCGUCACCAACCGUUUCCUCCUUUCACUGUUUCCCGAGAAUGUCAAGCUGUUUCCCCCCUACAAUACGGACGAAGACGGCUGGAUCGUGGGCAGCGACGCCCAGGGGCAAAACGCCGACUUUGACACGCAACUGGUCCAGUGCGCCUACAGCCCCAGCGGCAGCUACGGUCCGACGCCGCGGUAUGCCUUUUACGCCCUCCUUGUCGUCACCAUUGUCUGGCGCCGGGUCGGAUGGGCCGCCAAGGUCGCGCUCGGCGCCGUCAUGGUGUACAGCGCUACCACGGCUAUCCACGCCGUCGUACUGGCAUCAAUACGUACGAGGCUGAUGCUCGCAAUCGAUCCCGAAGCCAAAAACUAUGAGCUUGUCCGCGUUCAGGGACUCUCUAUCACCGGCCAAGCACUCUCGUACGACGAGACGGCGGCAGCGGGCGACGACUCGCUCUGGAUGGCGGUGUUGCCCAUGGCAUGGGAUUCCGAUGUGGACCCUGUUCUGACGGUUGUGGGAUUGGCGUUCCUGGUCUUGCUGCCAAUGCAGAUCUGGUCCCUGACGCUGAGGGAGUCGCUGCGGGAAUCUAGCGUCAAGCUGCUGCUCUCGCUGUGGGGUGUCUUUUUGUUCGCCGGCGCCCUCUGCGCGCUCGUCGCCGAGGCCUACGUCCAGCUCUGGGCAUUUCCGCAGCUGCGCUUCUGUCCGCGCGGCUUCCACGACGCUCUGCCGCUGAUGAACGACGGCAGCCAGACCGUCGGUAGCACGUGGGACGGCCAGGACCGGUACCACUGGAACCGCACGGUGCUGGCUCACUUUGUCAAUAAGACCGACACGCGACCCCUGGGCAACACGUGCAUCUAUCCGUGUUUCGACACUGCCUGGCCGCUGCGGGACGCCACCGAGAUUCAGGUGCUGCCUCGUCAUUUCGGGUUCUUCACGGAGGGAAACUCGUUCUGGUCAGCGCUCGUGGCAAUGUACUUUCUCUUUGGCGCUACGAGUGUGGCCAAUCUGAGCAUCGCCGUCAUCAUGAGCAAGCCCGGGCGGCGCUUGUUUGCCAUGAUGAGGCUAGAUUACUUUUCGGAAUUCUUGAACGACGAAAACGCGCACCGCCUCGGCGUGAGCCAGGCACGGUAUCCGUGGACGAAAACCUUGAUCAUGUUUCGCCACAUCUUGGCGAGAUUCCAGAGUCCGCGCCCCGGCUCUGGUGCCCUGGGAAAGAGGAUCCUCGUGCUCUGCCUGCAGGGUUACUUUCGUAUCAUCUAUGUAUACGCUUGGCUCUUCAGUCUCCUAGUCUGUCUAUACUUUACCGUUUUCAUGGAGUAUGUCAUCUGGGCCUCGGACCCCCCGAGCGAGAGCUUCAAUCACAUCGGGCAGUGGGGAACCAUCGCCGGCUUAGUGCUGACCUUUGGAGCCGCUGGCCUUGGACUGGUGAUGAAGAAUAUCGGCCGGCGCAAGCAGAAAUCCAUCCGCGCUCUUUCCAUUCGACAAGACUGA